AUGACUGUACGCCUCAGGAUGGCCAUGCACGGCCGGAGACACAACCGUAUAUUCCAUUUAGUCGCCAUCAACCAACGCACAAGACGAGAUGCAAAGCCUAUGGAGCUAUUGGGCAUCUACGAUCCUGCUCUUAAGCUCGGGGAGGCACACAAGACUGUCAAAUGGAGUGUGGAUAGAAUAAAAUACUGGCUGGGUGUUGGGGCACUGCCUAGUAAAUCUGUAGUCAAGCUAUUGGAAUGCGGUGGUGUAUUACCCCCGGACUCCAAGUAUCACCCGAAGGUUGUGGGUCCA